AUGAUGUCUGGUGGAGAGAACAGGCUAUAUCCGAACAGCAGCAGCAGCAGCAGUUCCUCUUCACUCCACAGAUACCAGUUGAACGUGGCUGGCUCUCAACAGGACCCUAUUGACUAUACUCUAGGUCCUACCAUUCCUUCAAGCAGCAGCAGUUUAGCUAGCAAAGGAGCCGGAAGCUCUUUCUCCCGUAGCUCCAGCAGUUCCAGCACUUGCAGUACCACGAGCAGUAACCUAAUGUUGAGAAGGAUACCAUACGAGCCUAACCCGUCACCCCCAGCCACUGCUGGAGGCCUUAGCUCAGACGAGAGCCUUCAAGAUGACUCUGUAUCUAUAGGAGAGGGAGAGGGAGACCUGGGGCCAUUGACUGGAGACCAGAAGAGAAUGAGAAGGAUGCAAGCUAACAAAAGAGAGAGGAAAAGAAUGCACACUGUUAAUUCAGCUUUUGAUGACCUGAGAGACCUAGUACCAACUUAUCCAUCAAACAGGAAACUCUCUAAAAUAGAAACCCUCAGACUGGCCUGCGCUUACAUAGAGGAUCUUGCCAAGUUAUUGAGAGAGUCUACUGGAGCUGCUGUUGUUCAUGGGGAGGAUGUGAACUUGCACCAUCCACACCUGAACCCACCUCUCCCUCACAGCACUGGGGACACCACUGGGUUCCUACCUCCUCCUCGUACCUACUCCCCCAUUAAGAACGAAUACAACAGACUUCAGUCACAAGACUACAGCACCUGCAACUUCCAGCACUAUAGGGUACCACUUUCAUAUGAUUACGAGAGCUGUCCUUCGGAUCCUGAGAUUCAGUCUCCCCCUACCUACCGUACAGGGAGUGGCCCUCCUGUCUCGUACAUGUCAGCUGCUGGUGGUUUGGCUGUUAAGCCGCCAGCUCUAGCACGCGUUAGUUCAGAUACUGCAGUUUCUCUUCAAAUGGCACAAACUUCACUAAACACUAGUAGUUCAGGUUACUGUGGGAGUCCUUCCGUCACUCCGUGUUCACCGUUGACCAGAGUACAGCACUCGACACCAUCAGCUGCUCCAGCGUCCCUCGUAUCACGUAAUAAUAUACCAUCGUCACACUUUCUACCAUCGUCCACCACUUCAAAUUAUUAUCAUCAUCACAGCUUACCCACCCCUGGCUUCACGCAGUGCUACAGUCAGUGA